AUGUCGCUUCGAGUAUAUUCCCUCAUCUACAUUAUUGGCUCCCUCAUCUCCUGCUUUUCAUCUGGUAACGCGGGAGCUCCCUAUGUUGGUCGAAUCAUUACCGGCCUCGGAAUUGGAGCCUUGUCAGUCAUCUCUCCAAUGGCAAUAUCAGAAAUCGCUCCUCCAGCUUUCAGAUGCCUGAUGACUCUGUGGUUCACUAUUUGCAUGCUAUCUGGCCAAGCAGUGGGUGUGUUCCUCGUCUACGGCUGCUCCAUUAACGUCGCACCCACAACGGCCCUACAGUACCAAUUUCCAUGGUUCUCUCACACAUUUGCCCCUGCACUGAGUAUCAUUUUCACUUUUUGGGCCGAGGAGUCUUCUAGGUGGCUCCUACUUGACCACGAGUAUGACAAGUCUCUUGCUGCAUUGGUCCGGCUUCGUGGAUUGCCAGCUAAUGCGGAGUUUGUGGCUACCGAGUUUAAUAGCAUGGCAUAUCAUAUCGAAGAUCGGAAUGCCGGACUUGGAAAUAAUAGUUCCAUCCAAAUCAUCCGGGAGACUUUUCUGGCUAACACAAUCACCAACUUCCUACCAACGAUUUUCGGAAUGAUCGGUGUCACAGACUCGGGUGUCAAGGUUUAUUCAACGGGUUUGUAUACUGUUGCAAAGUGGGUAUGCUGCGUGGCUGCAUCGCUUUUCUUCAUUGACCUCGCUGGCCGUCGAAAAUACCUUAUGAUAGGAAUCUCGGUUCAAAUUCUCUGCCAUUCGUAUCUUGCUGGGUAUCUCAAGAUUUAUCAAACGAACAAAGAACAUGUGAGCAAAAACUCGACAGAUGCAGCGUUGACCUUCAUUUACAUACAUGCGUUUGGAUGGGCCAUCGGUCUUUACAGCUUACCUUACCUGUUUGGUGCCGAGCUCUGGCCUAACAAGAUCCGUUCGUUUGGAGGGGCAUUAUCACAAUGCUUUCACUGGCUUUUCUACUUUGCGAUCCCCAAGGUUGCUCCUUCAAUGCUUGCCAACAUUCAUCAAUGGGGAGCAUUCAUUCUAUUCAUUGUAUUUUGCAUGGUUGCUUUGCUCUACACCUACUUCAUGGUCCCAGAGACUGCAGGCAUGUCACUGGAAGAAAUCAGCCGGAUUUUGCGCCCGUUAGUUCUAUUAGCUCGGCCACUCAAGCCAUCCGACGAGUUUGAAUCAACCCAGUGA